AUGAUCUGCUCCUCUUGCCGGCGUACUCUGCUCGCCCGCAUAUCCAAUCUACCCACAUCCUCCUCAAGCACCUUGCGACACACCAGCAUCCGAACAAUUUCAACACACCCAGCAAACAGAGCCGCCGCGCCCGGCACACCAACAUCCUCCACCCCCUCCGUCGCAGCAGAAACCCAACCCUUCUCAGAAACCUUCUUCCCCUCAACCUCCAGCGCCCAAACACCUCCUCUAUCCUCCUCCACCACAAAACCCAACGCCGCAAAUCCCAUCCACCUCACCAGCUCCAUCGCAGGCGGAACUCCCCUAACAACCCUCAGCUACGUUAAACAACCAACCAAACCCCUCGUCGCCCUCGAAGACCACGAAUAUCCCCCUUGGCUAUGGACGCUCAUCCCAAACCCCAACGCGCCCUCGACGGGCAAUAGCAUAGACGGCGGGAUCGACGUGUCGAGCAUGACGAAGAAGCAGCGCUCGAAGUACGAGCGGAAGAUGGCGAAGAUGUUGGCGGGGAUGGAGAAGCCUGUGCCGUUGCAUGAGCAGAGUAAGGAUUUAGUUGAGGCUGAGGAAGGAGGGGUGGUUUUUGCGGACAGGAGGAGGGAGUUGACGAGGAGUAUGAGGGAGGCGAGGAGGAAGGAGAUUAGGGAGGCGAAUUUUUUGAGGAGUAUGUAA